GUGAUGAUGAUGAUGAUGUUCGGCUCGAGGAACGUAGGGUCCACUUUGUAGUCGUCGUCCCUCUUACGACACGCGUCAACGUGUACCGCGCACCGCCGGGUGAAAGGCAAAAAGGAGACAUCUGCUUUUAUCUGUGAAGGCUACAUGGUGUGGGUUCCCCCCUCAGAGUGUGGAUGUGUGGGGGUCAAGAGAUGGAGAGCUACGAGGAGUUCUGCCUGCGGAGUUUGGCCGAACUGCGGGAGGAGAAGGGCCAAUUCAAGAAGGUGACAUGCGAGCCGCUGUGUUCCAUCAAGUCUCACUCCGUCAUCCGCUUCUAUGGAAGAGCUGUGCUUUCGCCGCUGCUGAGUGCAGAUCAGCGGGCUGUGAUGUGUGGCCACAGAGAACGGGCGGUCCAGCGGGAGGUGGACAGGCAGAACCAGCAGAGGAACCAGCUGUUGGCCCGAGUUCAGGACAUACUGGGUCAGGCUCAGACACACAAAGCACAGAGUGAAGAGGUUGACAAGCUGCCAGUUUCUAAAUCUGCGACAGUGAGUGGCUACACCCUGGUCACUGACUCACCUGGACUUCCCAGAGAGCCUGGAUUUGGGCUUCAGACAAAUGAUCGGCUUCCAACCCCAAUCUCAGAGAGCCCCGACCUCAGUGGCUACAAUACAGUGGAGGAAGUGAAGGUGAUGAGUCAAAAGAAGAGUGAGGAGGAAGAGGAGGACGAUGAGGAUAUUAGUUUGGAUAGCCUUCUUAAGAAAUCAAGAGAGUAUGUGAAGAGAGAGCAGAGUCAGCCGGGGUCAGAAGCUGCCCACACAGUCACCCGGACUCCUAUGUCUGAGACUGUCCCUGUCAAGGAGAUUAGGAGCUGUAGUCCAACGGGGGACAUUGAGUUUGGAUUCAGUCUGCAUCCUAGCCUUAUUAGCACACCUCAGACCCCGAUCCAGCAUCAAAGUCCAUACGACACCAGUUUCCAACAGUCUGGUGGCCUCUCGCCGAGUCUACCUGACCGGUAUGCCUAUCUCCCCAGUAUAGAGUCCAGCAUUAGUCCCUGUGCACGGAAGCGCAGACCACGCCCAGUCUCUACAGGCAACAUCCAUAUUUCAUUUCCCAUUGGCCCAGCAGAUCUUAUCCCCCGAAACCCAGGAAGGCCAGGGGAAGGUGCUAGCAUGGCCGAUUGGGGAGAAGCUCUGGCAGGGGCCACAAAGUCCUCCGAUCACCGGGGCUCAGUGGGGAGUGAAGGAGGGGCCAGGAGCGGCAAUCGUCAAUCCAUUCAUUGUUGUAGCAGUCCAUUACAUGAGGCCUGUAGCCCCAUCAGUGCCUCAACGUCCAGCACAAUGGGACACGAUGAUCCUCCAGCUGAGAGUUUCCGGCGGCGCUGCCACACCCUGGAUAGCCAAUUGCAUACCUACCCCGCUGGAGUUGAGCACAUAGACCGCAGCCAGGAAAGGAUCCCUCGUUUCAUGGCAGGAGCUACUUGGUUGGCUCAAAGUCGGCGCACCCCUGCAGCCGCCUUAAACCAGUCGUAUGACAUAGAGAAUCCUUCCCCAACUCUGCUGAGGCCCCAUGUGGCUCCUGACAUGACUCAUGUCACACUCAGGAUGGAGCCUGAUGAUCCUCAGGGGCCAAACAAUGGACGGAUUAGAAAUUCACCUGAAGCACAUGCCGGCAAGACAGAGGAGACCCAGAGGCGAACGCAGGCUCUAGAGGACAUGCAAAGACGUCUGGAGGAGGAGCACGUUUUGCAGAUGUCGAGGCUCCUGGCUGAGCAGGAGGAAGAGCAACAGCGCCUCCGAAUGGAGCUGGAGGACACAGAGAGAAGACUGACGGAGCAGGGGUGUGUGCGCCCUCUGUGUGGGGAUGGUUAUGCCUGGAAUCGUAGGUCUGUGAGUGACAGCUGUCCUGUUGUGAGCCCCUCUUGCCACAGCCUUGCCCACACACCAUCUGAGCGAUCACCUGGACACAGCAGAGGUUUUCCCGGUCCUGUCAGUCCCAGUCUGUGCACUCCCUCUGUUCCGCCUCCAGUUUACCUGUGGGGGCCAACUUGGGCGGCCAGCAAACCUCGAACAAGGCUAAGUCUGAUUCUGACAGCAGAGCAGCAGAUGGCAUUCUGUCGAAUUGGUGCUAUAACUCGAGGCUUCCUCACUCGCAGAUUGCUCAGGACAGAGAAGGUCAAACACCUGCGCCAGACCAUCGUGGACACACAGGAGUUCAUCCGUUCAUUCAAAACAGAAGCCCCACAAAAGAGAUGCACCCUCUCAGCUCAAGAUCUCUCCCUGCAGGAGAGGGUUAGAGCCCAGUUACGUGCAGCCCUAUAUGACAUCCAUGACAUCUUCUUUGAAAUGCCUCUGGGAGAUCGAUUAGCGUUGCUGCAGCAGGACAGGGAGCUCCGUGCAGAGAGGAAACUUCGAGACUUGGAAAAAACAAAGUGCCCCAAAGAAAGAGCGGUUCUGUCUGCUGCCACACAGAGGUCUCUGGACAGGAAGAAUAGGGUUGGUGAAUCCCCAGCACAUCCGAGAAAGAUGCAGCAGAAGCCAAAGAGCCCCACUACCAACAGAGUCUUGAAGCCAAGCCAAUGCCAAAAUUCUUCUGCCCCAGGACAGUUUAACCGGCAGGGGAGCUGGUACAGAAAGACCCCAGAGGAGAGAGUGAAGCGCUCAGACAGCCUGAAGAAGCAGCACUCUCUCGGUUAACUGGUGACUCAACAGCUCCCAUGGACAUGAAAAAUGUGUCUUUUCGCAACACUGGAACUCCCGCAAGCGCUUCUCACAACAUGAUGGUCUUUAAUCGACCUCCUGAGAUUCAAAUGAUUGUAUACGCUAUCGCAACGCCAUUGUUCUCACUGUUGUAGCUAUCGUUUUCUAGUGUGAACAACUUUCUAAAGGAAAAGAUAACUCAUGUAUUUGUGCUGAAAUACAAUCUAGAACAAGGUCAGAGCUGAAGGGAAAUAUAUUCAAACAAGGAACCUGUGCCUAUAAGACCUUUGCCUUUGCUAUAUGUAAUAUUUUGGCAUGCUUAUAUUUACCAGUUGUGUUCAUAAACGUCUAGUGCUUAUAGCUGUUAGUGAAUUUACAAACACCAGGUUCAUGCUGACACUCACUAAUGUGAUUUAAGUGUGGAUAUUGUCUAUACCUGUUUUGUUCAAGGGCUUUGAAAACCAAUUUGUGCUUUGUUUUAUUUAUUUAAUGGUGCUGAGUUUGCUGUAAUUUCACCUAAAUCAAUAAAAAUAUGUUUAAAUGUA